AUGUCUUCACGCAGCAAUAUUGACGCGCUUGGAGCGCGCAGUUUGGCGACUGUAGUGUCUCCCAAGUCUGUGCCGUCCACUUCUGGCUUUGUUCCGCGCGAAAUAACGCUGGACAAUGGCGAGCACGUCCAGUACCAAGUGUACGACGCUCCGAUGGAGAAGCCCAUGCUCGACAAUCGCAUCUACGAGCUGAUCCGUCUCGACAACCAGCUUGAGGCGCUUCUUAUCAGCGAUCCGGAGACGGACAAGUCGAGUGCUGCAAUGGAUGUGCGUGUGGGCCACCUUUCCGACCCCGACGAUUUGCAAGGUAUGGCCCAUUUCUGCGAGCAUCUUUUGUUCAUGGGCACGAAAAAGUACCCCCGCGAGAAUGAGUACAGUGAGUACUUGUCCAACCACAGCGGCAGCUCAAAUGCCUUCACGUCGCUGGAGAAUACCAACUACUACUUCGACGUCGGCCACGAGCAUUUUGAAGGCGCGCUCGACCGUUUUGCCCAGUUCUUCAAGGAACCACUGUUUGACGCGAGCUGCACAGAGCGCGAAAUUCGUGCGGUUGAUUCUGAACACAAGAAGAAUCUGCAGUCGGACAUGUGGCGCUCCUUUCAGCUGGAAAAGAGCUUGUCGGAUCCCACGCACCCCUAUUCCAAGUUUGGCACCGGCAAUAUCACGACGCUUUGGGAUGAACCGCGCGAGCGCGGCGUCGAUGUGCGCCAAGAGCUGCUCAAGUUUCACGACACGUACUACAGUGCCAACAUGAUGCGUCUUGUCGUGACCGGCCGCGAGUCUACGGAGCAAUUGACGCGCUGGGUGGUGGACAAGUUUUCCUCCGUGCCAAACAAAGGUAGCAGCAUUCCCAUUUUCGGAAGUUCUCCGCUGGGCGCACAGCAGCUCGGCACGCAAGUUGUGUUCCGUACGAUCAAGGACGUGCGCCAGCUUGAUAUUUCCUUCCCAAUCCCAGAGCAAGUCCGCUUGUACAAGUCUAAGCCCAGCUCGAUGCUCUCGCACUUUAUUGGCCACGAAGGUGCGGGGUCGUUGCUGUCUUGCCUUAAGCAGCGUGGCUGGGCAAACAUGCUGAGUGCUGGCUCCGGCGUCGGUGCAGAGGGAUUUGAGCUGUUUAAGAUCGGCAUCGACCUUACCGAGGAUGGGUACAAGCACUAUGAUAAUGUCAUUGGCGCCGUAUUCCAGUACAUCGACCUGCUCAAAUCAAAGCCGAUUGAAGAGUGGAUGUUUAAGGAAGUGCAGCAGCUGAGCGAAAUGCGAUUUGCGUUUAAAGAAAAGUCGUCUCCGUCGACCUACGCAUCUACCUUGGCGGGCCAAAUGCAGAACCACUUGCCCCCCGAGUGGCUCCUUUCUGGUCCUUACUUGCUCCGCGAAUUUGACUUGACACUGAUCAACGAGACGCUCACCUGCAUGCGCCCUGACCAUUGCCGUAUUAUGCUUGCGGGGCGGGCGCCGCCGCCUGGGUUUUCGCUGGACUCCAAAGAGCGCUGGUACGGCACAGAGUAUACAAUUGCACCGCUUCCAGCCUCGCUCUUGCAAACACAAAACCAAAUUGAUGGCUUGGCGAUGCCCAAGCAGAACGAGUUUGUCCCAUCCAACUUGGACGUGCACAGCGCAAAAGAUGUGUCUGCGCAUCCCACCGCGCGGCCUCUCCUUUUGGAGAACACGCCCAAAGCACGCCUGUGGCACAAGCAAGACGACCGCUUCUUUCUUCCCAAAGCCAACGUCUUUUUGUUGAUGCGCACGCCGAACGUGAACAAAUCGCCACGCACGGCUGUGGAGUCGCGCAUGCUUGUUGAGCUUGUUAAGGACGCGCUCUCUGAGUUCUCCUAUGAUGCAGAAGUUGCUGGUCUCUUGUACAAUGUGGACAGCCAGCUGGACGGCUUUGUCCUUGUUGUCUCUGGCUACAACGACAAGCUUCACAUUUUGCUCCAGUCCAUCAUCCAGACCCUGACCAAGCUGGAGGUAGACAAAAAACGAUUUGAGAUCAUCAAAGACCAGGUGCGCCGCAACUAUGAAAACUUUGAUUUGGAAGAACCGUACCAGCAAGCCGUAUACUACGCUAGCUACCUGCUCUCGACGCAAAUGUGGACGCAGCACGAAAAGCUUGCUGUGAUGGACGCAAUCACCGCUGACGACGUGCAGCAAUACGCGCGCAGCAUUUGUAAUCAUUUGCAUUUGGAGAUGCUCGUGCACGGCAACAUUACCGCGCAAAGCGCGCGCAACUUGCUGGAGAAUGUCGAGCAGGACUUGUCGUUUGAGGCGAUCAGUCCUCAAGACACGCAGCCAGAGCGAUCCUUGGUGCUUCCCAACGAUUCCAACACGCAUUGGAAGCUCAGCGUGGCCAACCGCGGCAAUGUGAACUCCAGCGUAGAGUACUUUUUGCAAGUCGGCUCGCCACGCGAUGUCAAACUGCGCGCCACCGUCGCGCUCUUUGCUCAAAUCGCCCACGAACCCUGCUUUGACCAGCUUCGUACAAAAGAGCAGCUCGGCUACUUGGUGUUUAGCAGCAUGCGCAGCAGCCACGGCCUGAUGGGAUUCCGCGUCAUUGUACAGUCGGAGCGAGACUCGGAGUAUUUGGAGUCGAGGAUCGACGCAUUCUUCGAGCAGCUCCUUGGCCUGGUAGAGCGUAUGACGCCGCAAGACAUUGACGCGCACAAACGCUCGCUGAUCAACAAGAAAUUGGAGAGCGUGAAGAACUUGAACGAGGAGACGAAUCGCUUCUGGAAUAGCAUUCAUUCGGGGUACUAUGACUUUAUGAGCCGCGAGCGCGACGUGGCAGCACUCAAGCUCCUUUCCCGGGACGACAUUCUUGCGUUUAUCCGCACCUACAUUCAUCCUCGCAGUACGUCGCGCUCAAAGUGCGUCACGCAUUUGCAGUCGCAGGGCGCUUCGACGCUGCUCAGCGAGCAGGCGUUGGAGGCGUUCUUUGCGUAUAUGAACGUGCCAGAAGACGUCCGCGCUGCACUUGGCGAGCAGGCGACGAGUGUAGAAGCGCUCAAGACGCUUGUGCAGCAAUCCUUUGCGCAGGGAAUGGCCCCGCAAGGGUUCGUCGAAGCGGAUGUGCUGGUCAUGAUUGAGCGCGCGGCAAAAGAGCAUCCGGCACAAGUGACCGAGGAGCGUGCGGCGGUGGUGGAUGCGCUGCCCGUGCACAAUAUCACGGACGUGGCUGCAUUCAAGGCGAGCCUUUCGGAGUGCGCGCCUGUAGAGCCGAUUUUGCCGUGGGCCGAGUACGAAUGCGAUCCUCACGUAACGCGCACGGCAGAAGUGCAGUUGGAGCCGCACGAAGCGAGCCAGGCGCGCGCCAAUAUGUAG